AUGGUUGGUGUGGUGGUGUGCUCCUAUAAUCCUGUCAGUUCUGGGAGGCUGAGACAAGAGGAUUUCAGGCCUCGAAGUAGAGGAAAAACUACAGUGGAAGAUGAGGAUAGCAUGGACGGGUUGGAGACAACAGAAUCAGAAAAUAUUGUGGAAACAGAAAUCAAAGAACAUUCUGCAGAAGAGGAUGCUGAAGCAGAAGUGGAUAGCAGCAAGCAGUCAGUCCCUGCUGUUCAGCAGCCGGUGUCUGAGGAAUCUGCAAACUCCCUGGUCUCUGUUGGUGUAGAAGCCAAAAUCAGUGAACAGCUCUGCGCUUUUUGUUACUGUGGGGAAAAAAGUUCCUUAGGACAGGGCGACUUAAAACAGUUCAGAGUAACGCCUGGAUUUAUCUUGCCGUGGCAAAGCCAGCCUUCUAACAAGGACAUUGAUGACAGCAGCAGUGGAACCUAUGAGAGAAUACAAAACUCAGCUCCACGAAGACAAAGAGGACCAAGAAAAGAGCGAUCUCUUCAGCAGAAUAUGGUGUCUUGUGUAAGUGUAAGCACCCAGACAGUUGCAGAUGAUCAGGCUGGUAAAUUAUGGGAUGAGCUCAGUCUGGUUGGCCUUCCAGAUGCCAUUGAUGUUCAAGCCUUAUUUGAUUCUACAGGCACUUGUUGGGCUCAUCACCGUUGUAUGGAGUGGUCGUUGGGUGCUUGCCACAUAGAAGAACCAUUACUAGUGAACGUGGACAAAGCUGUUGUCUCAGGGAGCACAGAACGAUGUGCAUUUUGUAAGCACCUUGGAGCCACUAUCAAAUGCUGUGAAGAGAAAUGUACCCAGAUGUACCAUUAUCCUUGUGCUGCAGGAGCUGGUACCUUUCAAGACUUCAGUCACUUCUUCCUUCUUUGUCCAGAACACAUUGACCAAGCUCCUGAAAGAUCAAAGGAAGAUGCAAACUGUGCAGUGUGCGACAGCCCGGGAGACCUCUUAGAUCAGUUCUUUUGUACUACUUGUGGUCAGCACUAUCAUGGAAUGUGCCUGGAUAUAGCGGUCACUCCAUUAAAACGUGCAGGUUGGCAAUGUCCUGAGUGCAAAGUGUGCCAGAACUGCAAACAAUCGGGAGAAGAUAGCAAGAUGCUAGUGUGUGAUACGUGUGACAAAGGGUAUCAUACUUUUUGUCUUCAACCAGUUAUGAAAUCAGUACCAACCAAUGGCUGGAAAUGCAAAAAUUGCAGAAUAUGUAUAGAGUGUGGCACACGAUCUAGUUCUCAGUGGCAUCACAAUUGCCUGAUAUGUGACGCUUGUUAUCAGCAGCAGGAUAACUUAUGUCCUUUCUGUGGGAAGUGCUAUCAUCCAGAAUUUCAGAAAGACAUGCUCCAUUGUAAUAUGUGCAAGAGAUGGGUUCACUUAGAAUGUGACAAACCAACAGAUCAUGAACUGGAUUCUCAGCUCAAGGAAGAGUAUAUCUGCAUGUAUUGUAAACACUUAGGAGCUGAGAUGGAUCCGUUACAGCCAGAUGAUGAAGUGGAGAUGGCUGAAAUAACUACAGAUUAUAACAAUGAAAUGGAAGUUGAAGGAACUGAAGAGCAAAUGGUAUUUUUGGAGCAAAGAGUUAGUAAAGAUGUCAGCGAUCACAAGUCCACACCCGGAAUUGUUCCAGAUGUUCAAGUGAUCCCCAGUGAAGAGCAGCAGAAGAGUGACCCACCAGAAAGUCUUGACACAGAUGGCCUUCUUGUUUCAGAAACAUCCCCAAAUAAAAUGAAUUCUGAAUUGGAAAAUGAGAUUUCUUGUGACAUUGCUAGUAAAAAAAUGGAAAUGCCUUCUAAAGUGACACAUCUUCAUGAUGAAGAUGAAAAAGAAGACAAAAUGGAAGUGACAGAAAAUAUUGAAGUCCUUACGCACCAGAUUGUUGCGCAGCAGGAAGAACUACAGUUGUUACAUGGACCCAAAGGGGUGAUAUGCGGAGAAGAACCACGGCCUCCAGUGUCAACCACUGAAUCUGUCACUGUUCCACCAGCGGCCUUAGUAUCCCCAAAUGAGGAAAGUACUUCAUGUUCUAAGGAACAGUUGAUUACAGAAAGAGUACAAGAUGAAAUAGAACAGAAAGAAAACUCUGAAUUUUCUCCUGGGUUCAUGGAUUUUGAAAUGACUUCGGCAGUUGAGAGUUGUGUGAAGGAUGGUUUAUGCCCAGGAGAUAAAUCUGUAAAAUUACCAUCUGAGGCAGAGUCAUCGUUUUCUCCAUCAGCAGACAUAGGCAAGGCAAAUAUGUCUUCCUCUUCAACACUUUCUUCAGAUUUGCCUUCACAUAAUAUGCUGCAUAGUUACUCUUCAACUCUCAGUUCUUCUGUUGGCAACAUCAUGCCAACAACUUACAUCUCAGUCACUCCAAAAAUUGGCAUGGGUAAACCAGCUAUUACCAAAAGAAAAUUUUCUCCUGGUAGACCACGAUCCAAACAGGGGGCUUGGAGUACCCAUAAUACAGUGAGCCCACCUUCCUGGUCCCCAGACAUUUCAGAAGGUCGGGAAAUUUUUAAACCCAGGCAGCUUCCUGGCAGUGCCAUUUGGAGCAUCAAAGUGGGCCGUGGCUCCGGAUUUCCAGGAAAACGGAGACCUCGAGGUGCAGGGCUGUCAGGACGAGGCGGCAGAGGCAGAUCCAAACUAAAAAGUGGAAUUGGAGCUGUUGUGUUGUCUGGGGUGUCUGCUGCAGAUAUUUCUUCAAAUAAGGACGAGGAAGAAAACUCUAUGCACAAUACAGUUGUGUUGUUUUCUAGUAGUGACAAGUUCACUUUGCACCAGGAUAUGUGUGUGGUUUGUGGCAGUUUUGGUCAGGGAGCAGAAGGAAGAUUACUUGCUUGUUCCCAGUGUGGUCAGUGUUACCAUCCAUACUGUGUCAGUAUUAAGAUCACUAAAGUGGUUCUUAGUAAAGGCUGGAGGUGUCUGGAGUGCACAGUAUGUGAAGCCUGUGGAAAGGCGACUGACCCUGGGAGACUGCUGCUAUGUGAUGACUGUGAUAUAAGUUACCACACCUACUGCCUAGACCCUCCACUGCAGACAGUUCCUAAAGGCGGCUGGAAAUGUAAAUGGUGUGUUUGGUGCAGACACUGUGGAGCAACAUCUGCAGGUCUGAGGUGUGAAUGGCAAAACAACUACACACAGUGUGCUCCUUGUGCCAGCCUGUCUUCCUGCCCGGUCUGCUAUCGAAACUACAGAGAAGAUGAUCUGAUUCUGCAGUGUAGACAAUGUGAUAGAUGGAUGCAUGCAGUUUGUCAAAACUUAAAUACAGAGGAGGAAGUGGAAAAUGUAGCAGACAUUGGUUUUGAUUGUAGCAUGUGCAGACCCUAUAUGCCUGUAUCAAAUGUGCCUUCCUCAGACUGCUGUGAAUCUUCACUUGUAGCACAAAUCGUCACAAAAGUAAAAGAGCUAGAUCCACCUAAGACCUACACCCAGGAUGGUGUUUGUCUGACUGAAUCAGGGAUGACUCAGUUACAGAGCCUCACAGUUACUGUUCCAAGAAGAAAACGGUCAAAACCAAAAUUGAAAUUGAAGAUAAUAAAUCAGAAUAGUGUGGCUGUCCUUCAAACACCUCCAGACAUCCAGUCAGAGCAUUCAAGGGAUGGUGAAAUGGAUGAUAGUCGAGAAGCAGAACUUAUGGACUGUGAUGGAAAAUCAGAAUCUAGUCCUGAGCGUGAACCUGUGGAUGAUGAAACUAAGGGAGUAGAGGGAACAGAUGGUGUCAAAAAAAGAAAAAGGAAGCCAUACAGACCAGGUAUUGGUGGAUUUAUGGUACGGCAAAGAAGUCGAACGGGGCAAGGAAAAACCAAAAGAUCUGUGAUCAGAAAAGAUUCCUCAGGAUCUAUUUCUGAGCAGUUACCUAGCAGAGAUGAUGGCUGGAGUGAGCAGUUACCAGAUACUCUGGUUGAUGAAUCUGCUUCUGUUGCUGAGAGCACUGAAAAAAUAAAGAAACGAUACCGAAAAAGGAAAAAUAAGCUUGAGGAAACAUUCCCUGCUUAUUUACAAGAAGCUUUCUUUGGAAAAGAUCUUCUAGAUACAAGUAGACAAAACAAGCUGAAUUUAGAUAAUCUAUCAGAAGAUGCAGCUCAGCUUUCAUAUAAAACAAACAUGAACACAGGUUUCAUGGAUCCUUCCUUAGAUCCACUACUUAGUUCUUCCUCAACUCCAGCAAAACCUGGAACUCAGGGUACUGCUGAUGAUCCAUUAGCUGAUAUUUCUGAAGUCUUGAACACAGAUGAUGACAUUCUUGGAAUAAUCUCCAAUGACCUAGCAAAAUCAGUCGAUCAUGCAGAUAUUGGUCCCAUUGCUGAUGAUCCUUCCUCUUUGCCUCAGCCAAGUGUCAGUCAGAGCUUACGACCAUUAACUGAAGAGCAGCUCGAUGGGAUCCUCAGUCCUGAACUAGACAAAAUGGUCACAGAUGGAGCCAUUCUUGGCAAGUUAUAUAAAAUUCCAGAGCUUGGAGGAAAGGAUGUUGAAGACUUAUUUACUGCUGUCCUUAGUCCCGUGAACACCCAGCCAGCUCCAUUACCACAACCACCCCCUCCCCCUCAGCUGUUGCCAAUACACAAUCAGGAUGUUUUUUCACGAAUGCCACUUAUGAAUGGCCUCAUUGGACCCAGUCCUCAUCUCCCACAUAAUUCUUUGCCUCCUGGAAGUGGAUUGGGAACAUUCUCGGCUAUAGCACAAUCCCAUUAUACUGAUGCCAGGGAUAAAAAUCCAGCAUUCAAUCCAAUAGCAAGUGAUCCCAACAGCUCAUGGACGCCAUCAGUUCCCACGGUGGAAGGAGAAAAUGAUACAAUGUCAAAUGCCCAGAGGAGCACACUGAAGUGGGAGAAAGAGGAGGCUCUGGGUGAAAUGGCAACUGUAGCACCAGUUCUUUACACAAACAUUAAUUUUCCCAAUUUAAAGGAUGAAUUCCCUGAUUGGACUACUCGAGUAAAACAAAUUGCUAAAUUGUGGAGAAAAGCAAGCUCUCAGGAAAGAGCACCAUAUGUGCAAAAGGCCAGAGAUAACAGAGCUGCUUUACGCAUUAAUAAAGUCCAGAUGUCAAAUGAUUCCCUGAAAAGGCAGCAGCAGCAAGACAGCAUUGAUCCCAGCUCUCGUAUGGAUUCAGAUCUUUUUAAAGAUCCAUUAAAGCAAAGAGAAUCGGAACAUGAACAAGAAUGGAAAUUUAGACAACAAAUGCGUCAGAAAAGCAAGCAGCAAGCUAAAAUAGAAGCUACACAAAAGCUAGAACAGGUGAAAAAUGAGCAGCAACAGCAGCAGCAGCAGCAGCAGCAGCAGCAACAGCAGCAGCAACAGCAUCAGCAGCUUGGUUCUCAGCACCUUCUUGUGCCAUCUGGUUCAGAUACUCCAAGUAGUGGGGUACAAAGUCCCUUGACACCUCAGCCUGCCAAUGGAAAUAUGUCUCCUGCUCAGACAUUGCAUAAAGACCUAUUCUCUAAACAGCUACCCAGCACCCCUGCUUCCACACCUUCGGAUGAUGUGUUUGUCAAGCCACAGGCUCCACCCCCUCCUCCUACCCCAUCCCGAGUUCCCCUUCAGGAUGGCCUUUCUCAGUCUCAAAUGUCUCAACCACAUUCUCCACAAAUGUUUUCACCUGGAUCUUCUAACUCCCGACCUCCAUCUCCAGUCGAUCCUUAUGCAAAAAUGGUUGGUACCCCUAGACCCCCUCCUGGGGGCCAUAGUUUUUCCAGAAGAAAUCCUGUUGCUCCAGUGGAAAACUGUGUGCCUUUAUCAUCAUUACCAAGGCCCAUUCAGAUUAGUGAGACAGCAUCCAGCCGGCCAUCCCCGGGCAGAGACUUAAGUUCUUCCUCCACAACAAAUAGUGACCCCUAUGCAAAGCCUCCAGAUACACCUAGGCCUAUGAUGACAGAUCAGUUUCCCAAACCUCUGGGCCUGUCCUGCUCUCCUGUGGUUUCAGAACAAACUGCAAAAGGUUCUCUAGCAACUGGAACCAGUGAUCACUUUACUAAACCAUCUCCUAGGGGAGAUGCUUUUCAAAGACAGCGGAUAACUGACCCAUAUGCAAGACCCUUGUUGACGCCUGCCCCUGCCGAUAAUGUCCCUGGACCUUUUAAGACCCCAUUGCACCCUCCACCAUCUUCUCAGGAUCCUUAUGGAUCAUUGUCACAGGCAUCAAGACGAUUGUCUGCUGACCCUUAUGAACGGCCUGCCUUAACACCAAGACCUGUGGAUAAUUUUUCUCAUAGUCAGUCAAAUGAUCCAUAUGGUCAGCCUCCCCUCACCCCACAUCCAGCAGUGAAUGAAUCUUUUGCCCAUUCUUCAAGGGCUUUUUCUCAACCUAGCACUAUGUCAAGAUCAGCAUCUCAGGACCCAUAUUCCCAGCCUCCGGGAACACCACGACCUAUGGUAGAUUCUUAUUCUCAGCCUUCAGGAACAACUCGAUCCAAUCCAGAUCCCUAUUCCCAGCCUCCUGGAACUCCCCGGCCUACCACUAUCGAUCCAUACAGUCAGCAGCCUCCAACUCCCAGGCCUUCUACACAGGCAGACAUGUUUGCUACAUCUACGGCUAAUCAGAGACAUUCUGAUCCAUAUGUUCAUCCUCCUGGGACACCAAGACCUGGAAUUUCUAUUCCCUAUUCUCAACCACCAGCAACACCAAGGCCAAGAAUUUCAGAGGGUUUUACUAGGAUGUCAAGUGCAAGACCGGCCCUCAUGCCAAACCAGGACCCUUUCCUGCAAGCAGCACAGCAACGAGCUCCUGCUUUACCUGGCUCUUUGGUGAGGCCACCUGAUAUGUGCUCCCAGGCACCUAAGCCACCUGGGCCUGGCCUUUCGGACACAUUCAGCCAUGUUUCCCCAUCUGCUGCUCGUGAUCCCUAUGAUCAAACUCCAAUGACUCCAAGAUCUCAGUCUGACUCUUUUGGAAGCAGUCAAAUUACUCGUGAUAUUCCUGAGCAGCCAGGGCCUGCUCCAGAGGGCAGCUUUAACACCUCUGCAAACUCUCCCAUGAGUUCCCAGGGCCCACAGUUCUCCAGUGUGCCCCAGGUUCCCGGGCCUGUGCCAACUUCAGGAGGAACUGACACCCAGAACACUGUGAAUAUGUCCCAAGCAGAUACAGAGAAACUGAGACAGCGACAGAAACUACGAGAAAUCAUUCUCCAGCAGCAGCAGCAGAAGAAGAUUGCUAGUCGGCAGGAGAAGGGACCUCAGGACAUAUCAGCAGUGCCUCACCCAGUGCCCCGUCCACAUUGGCAGCCAGAGAGCAUUGGCCAGGCCUUCACUCGACCUCCGCCUCCUUAUCCUGGGAACAUCCGAUCACCCAUGGUCCAUCCUCUUGGACCUAGAUAUGCCGUUUUUCCCAAAGAUCAGCGUGGUCCCUAUCCUCCUGAUGUUGCUAGUAUGGGUAUGAGACCGCAUGGAUUUAGAUUUGGAUUUCCAGGAAGUAGUCAUGGUACUAUGUCAGGUCAGGACCGCUUCCUUGUGCCUUCUCAGCAAAUACAAGGAUCUGGAAUCCCUCCACAUCUGAGAAGAUCAAUAUCUGUAGAAAUGCCUAGACCUUUAAAUAACUCACAGAUGAGUAAUCCAGUUGGACUUCCUCAGCACUUUCCACCACAGAGUCUGCCAGUUCAGCAGCAUAACAUACUGGGCCAAGCAUUUAUUGAACUGAGGCACAGGACCCCUGAUGGAAGGCCACGGUUGCCUUUCCCUACUACUCCUGGCAAUGUUAUAGAGGUACCUUCUCAUCCAAGACAUGGAAACUUCAUUUCCCGGCCAGACUUUCAAGGCCCGAGGCACACAGACCCAAUGAGACGGCCUCCCCAGGGUCUACCUAGUCAGCUUCCUGUACAUCCAAAUUUGGAACAAGCACCACCGUCUCAGCAAGAGCAAGGGCAUCCUCUCCACCCAUCUUCUGUGGUCAUGAGGCAUAGGAGUCAUCCCUUAGGUAGUGGAUUUUCUGAGGCAUCUUUGUCAACAUCUGCACCAGCCGAAACAGCAUCCGAUAAUUUACAGAUAACCAGCCAGUCCUCUGAUGGUCUGGAAGGAAAACUUGAUUCUGAUGACCCUUCUGUGAAAGAACUGGAUGUUAAAGACCUUGAGGGAGUUGAAGUAAAAGACUUGGAUGAUGAAGAUCUUGAAAAUUUAAAUUUAGAUACAGAGGAUGGCAAGGGAGAUGAAUUGGAUACGUUAGAUAAUUUGGAAACUAAUGACCCUAACCUGGAUGAUCUCUUAAGGUCAGGAGAGUUUGAUAUCAUUGCAUACACAGAUCCAGAACUUGACCUAGGAGAUAAGAAAAGCAUGUUUAAUGAGGAACUAGACCUUAGUGUUCCAAUUGAUGAUAAGUUAGAUAAUCAUUGUGUAGCUGUUGAACCCAAAAAAAAGGGCCAAGAAGACAAAAUUGUGGUUCUCUCUGAGAACCAUUUGCCACAGAAAAAAUCCACUGUUACCAAUGAGAUAAAAACAGAAGUCCUGUCUCCAAAUUCUAAAGAGGAAGCCACAUGUGAAAUUGAGAAAAGUGAUGAGAAUAUAGAUGAUGUUGAUGCUCCAUGCUCGCAGGCUUCUGCUCACACAGACCUCAGUGAUGGGGAAAAGGGUUCCUUGCCACCAUCUGAUCCAGACUUGCUUGAGAAAAGAGCUAAUCGAGAAACUGCUGGCUCUAGUGCAAAUGUCAUUCAAGGAUCCACUCCACUGCCUGCUCAGGAUGUGAACUGUGAUAUAGCAGGAUCAACUCCAGUCCUCUCAAGUUUACUUGCCAAUGAAAAACCUGACAGUUCAGAUAUUAGGCCCUUGGGCUCUCCCUCAUCAACUCUGCCAGCCUCACCGUCCAGCCAUGUGUCGAGUUUGCCUUCUACUUUAAUGGCACCACCUAACCCUGUUUUGGAUAAUGCUAUGAAUUCUAAUGUCACAGUGGCCCCUAGGGUAAAUCAUACUUUUUCUCAGGGUGUUCAGGUAAAUCCAGGAUUCAUUCAGGGACAGUCAACAGUUAACCACAAUUUGGGAACAGGAAAGCCUACAACUCAAAGUGUGCCUCUCACAAGUCAGCCUGGUACCAGUGGCAUAUCUGGACCCCAGCAAUUGAUGAUUCCUCAGACAGUAGCCCAGCAGAAUAGAGAAAGGCCCCUCCUUCUAGAAGAGCAGCCACUGCUGCUACAAGAUCUUUUGGAUCAAGAAAGACAAGAACAGCAGCAACAAAGACAGAUGCAAGCCAUGAUUCGUCAGCGAUCAGAACCAUUCUUCCCCAAUAUUGAUUUUGAUGCAAUUACAGAUCCUAUAAUGAAAGCCAAAAUGGUGGCCCUUAAAGGCAUAAAUAAAGUGAUGGCACAGAACAAUCUGGGCAUGCCACCAAUGGUGAUGAGCAGGUAGGAUGGCAGUAUAACACAUCAGAUUUCUAGGCCUAAUCCUCCAAAUUUUGGUCCAGGCUUUGUCAAUGAUUCACAACGCAAACAGUAUGAAGAAUGGCUUCAAGAGACCCAACAGCUUCUUCAGAUGCAACAGAAGUAUCUUGAAGAACAAAUUGGUGCACAUAGAAAAUCUAAGAAGGCUCUUUCAGCUAAACAGCGCACUGCCAAGAAGGCAGGGCGAGAAUUCCCAGAAGAAGAUGCAGAACAACUCAAGCAUGUGACUGAGCAGCAGAGCAUGGUUCAAAAGCAGCUAGAACAGAUUCGUAAACAACAGAAAGAGCAUGCUGAGUUGAUUGAAGAUUAUCGGAUCAAGCAGCAGCAGCAGCAGCAGCAGCAGCAGCAGCAGCAACAAAAGCAGUGUUCAGUGGCCCCGCCUCUCCUAAUGCCUGGUGUCCAGCCCCAGCCACCCCUUGUUCCAGGGGCCCCUCCACCCUCCAUGAGCCAACCCAGCUUCCCAAUGGUGCCACAGCAGCUGCAGCACCAGCAGCACACAGCAGUCAUCUCUGGCCACAGCAGCCCUGCUAGAAUGCCUGGUUUACCUGGAUGGCAGUCUGCCAGUGCUCCUGCUCACCUUCCACUCAAUCCUCCCAGGAUUCAGCCCCCAAUUACCCAGUUACCCAUAAAAGCUUGCACAUCAGCCACAGGGACAGUGUCAAAUGCAAACUCACAAAGCGGGCCACCACCACGAGUAGAAUUUGAUGACAACAACCCCUUUAGUGAAAGUUUUCAGGAACGAGAACGGAAAGAACGUUUACGAGAACAGCAGGAAAGACAACGCAUCCAGCUGAUGCAAGAAGUAGACAGACAGCGAGCUCUGCAGCAGAGGAUGGAAAUGGAGCAGCAUGGCCUGAUGGGCUCUGAGCUGGGUAGCAGGACUGCUGUGUCCCAGAUUCCAUUCUAUGGGUCUGAUCGGCCUUGUGACUUCAUGCAGCCUCCGAGACCCCUUCAGCAGUCUCCACAGCACCAGCAGCAGAUGGGCCAGGCUUUACAGCAGCAAAAUGUACAAGUAUCUGUUAAUUCAUCCCCUACCCAAACUUUCAUGCAAACCAGUGACCGAAGGCAAGGGGGACAUCCUUCCUUCAUCCCUGAUUCACCAUCAGUCCCUGGUGGAAGCCCAAACUUCCAUUCUGCUAAGCAGGGACAUGGAAGUCUUUCUGGAACAGGUUUCCAGCAGUCCCCUUUGAGACCUCCAUUUACAACACCCCCAGUAGCUAACAGCAGUCUCCCAUGUGGCCAAGACCCUGCCAUAGCCCAUGGACAAAGCUAUCCAGGAUCAGCCCAGUCUCUCAUUCAGUUGUAUUCUGAUAUCAUCCCAGAAGAAAAAGGGAAAAAGAAAAGAACAAGAAAAAAGAAAAAAGAGGAUGAUGCAGAAUCCACCAAAGCACCAUCAACUCCCCAUUCAGAUAUAACUGCUCCCCCAACUCCAAGCAUCUCAGAAACUACCUCCACUCCUACCAUGAAUACGCCCAGUGACCCUCCUUUGCAGGGUGAGCCACAGCCUGCAGAGCCAGCUGGCCAUCCAUGUACAGACUUAGAGAACACACUUCCCAGUGGUGAUUUCUCCCAAGGAACUCCAAAUCAGCAUACUUGUGCAAAUUCAGAGGUGGAAAGCCUCCCAGUGGGAACUCCUGCCAAAAGUGAAGAGAUAAAACUGGAAAAGGCUGAGACUGAGCCAGGGCUGGGUCAGGAGGAGACUAAAUCUGAGGAGCAGACUAGUAGUAAGGUGGAAGAUAAGUCUAGGGCCAGUCCUGUCUCCUCACUCCAGAGUCCUCCCCAUUCUGCUGGGGCCCCUGUCACCAAAGCAGAUUCAGGGAAUGAACUUUUGAAACACUUGUUGAAAAAUAAAAAGACCUCUUCCCUUUUAAAUCAAAGACCCGAGGGCAGUUUCUGCUCAGAAGACAACUACACAAAAGAUAAUAAAAUGGUGGAGAAGCAAAAUGGAGCAGAAGGAUUGCAAACUAUGGGGGUUCAAAUGCAAGGUGGUUUUGGAUGUGGCAACAACCAGUCAAAAAUGGAUGGAGGAAGUGAAACCAAGAAACAACGAAACAAACGGACUCAGAAGACUGGGGAGAAAGCAGCACCUCGCUCAAAGAAAAGGAAAAAGGAUGAAGAAGAGAAACAGGCCAUGUAUUCCAACUCUGACUCCUUCACCCACCUGAAACAGCAGAAUAAUUUAAGUAAUCCUCCAACACCCCCUGCCUCUCUUCCUCCUACACCACCUCCCAUGGCCUGUCAGAAGAUGGCAAAUGGUUUUGCAACAACUGAAGAACUUGCUGGAAAAGCUGGAGUGUUGGUGAGCCAUGAAGUUACCAAGACUCUAGGACCAAAGCCAUUUCCACUGCCAUUCAGGCCACAGGAUGACUUGCUGGCUAGAGCUAUUGCUCAGGGCCCAAAGACGGUGGAUGUUCCAGCUUCACUUCCAACACCACCUCAUAAUAACCAAGAAGAAUUAAGGAUACAGGAUCACUGUGGUGACCGGGACACUCCUGACAGCUUUGUCCCCUCGUCCUCUCCUGAGAGUGUGGUUGGGGUGGAAGUGAGCAGGUAUCCAGAUCUGUCCGUGGUCAAAGAGGAGGCUCCAGAGCCGGUGCCAUCACCCAUCAUUCCAAUUCUUCCUAGCACCACUGGGAAGAGUUCAGAAUCAAGAAGGAAUGAUGUCAAAACUGAGCCAGGCACUGUAUUUUUUUCAUCACCUUUUGGUUCAUCCUCAAAUGGUCCCAGAUCGGGUCUCAUAUCUGUAGCAAUUACCCUGCAUCCCACCGCUGCUGAGAACAUCAGCAGUGUUGUGGCUGCAUUUUCCGACCUUCUUCACGUACGAAUUCCUAACAGCUACGAGGUCAGUAAUGCUCCAGAUGUUCCACCCAUGGGUUUGGUCAACAGCCACAGAGCAAACCCAGCUUUGGAAUACCGACCACAUUUACAUCUCCGUGGACCUCCACCAGGAUCUGCAAACCCUCCCAGGCUAGCAAGUUCUUACCGGCUGAAGCAGCCUCACGUUCCAUUUCCUCCAGCAAGCAGUGGUCUCUCUGCAUACAAGGAUUCCAGUCACGGUGUUGCAGGAAAUGCAGCUCUCCGACCACAGUGGUGUUGUCACUGCAAAGUGGUUAUUUUUGGAAGUGGUGUUCGGAAGUCUUUGAAAGAUCUGGCUUUUAUGAACAAGGAUUCCCGAGAAAGCACCAAGAGAAUCGAGCAGGACAUUGUGUUUUGCAGUAAUAACUGCUUUAUUCUUUAUUCAUCUGCACAAGCAAAAAACCCAGAAAGCAAGGAGUCUGUUCCUUCGUUGCCACAGUCACCUCCUAGAGAGAUGCCUUCCAGAGUAUUUCACCAGUAUAGCAACAACAUCUCCACCCUGGAUGUGCAUUGCCUCCCACAGCUCCAGGAUAAGGCCUCCCCACCUCCAUCACCUCCCAUUGCAUUUCCUCCUGCCUUUGAAGCAGCCCAAGUUGAGGCCAAGCCUGAUGAGCUCAAGGUGACCGUCAAGCUAAAGCCUAGGCUCAGGACUGUCCACGGCAGCUUUGAUGAUUGUAGGCCACUGAACAAAAAGUGGAGAGGAAUGAAAUGGAAGAAGUGGAGCAUUCAUAUUGUAAUCCCCAAGGGGACAUUUAAGCCACCCUGUGAGGAUGAAAUAGAUGAGUUUCUUAAGAAACUGGGCACUUCUCUUAAACCUGACCCUGUGCCUAAAGACUAUCGCAAGUGUUGCUUUUGUCACGAAGAAGGAGAUGGGCUGACAGAUGGACCAGCAAGGCUGCUCAACCUUGACUUGGAUCUGUGGGUCCACUUGAAUUGUGCUCUGUGGUCCACGGAGGUCUACGAGACUCAGGCUGGUGCCUUAAUAAACGUAGAACUAGCUCUGAGGAGGGGCCUACAGAUGAAAUGUGUCUUCUGUCAUAAGACAGGUGCCACCAGUGGAUGUCACAGAUUUCGGUGCACCAACAUUUAUCACUUUACUUGCGCCAUUAAAGCACAAUGCAUGUUUUUUAAGGACAAAACUAUGCUUUGCCCUAUGCAUAAACCAAAGGGAAUCCAUGAACAGGAAUUAAGUUACUUUGCAGUCUUCAGGAGGGUCUAUGUUCAACGAGAUGAGGUGCGCCAGAUUGCUAGCAUCGUGCAGCGAGGAGAACGGGACCACACCUUUCGUGUAGGAAGCCUCAUCUUCCACACGAUUGGCCAGCUGCUCCCACAGCAGAUGCAAGCGUUCCACUCUGCCAAGGCUCUCUUCCCUGUGGGCUACGAAGCCAGCCGGCUAUAUUGGAGCACACGCUAUGCCAAUAGGCGCUGCCGGUACCUGUGCUCUAUUGAGGAGAAGGAUGGGCGCCCAGUGUUUGUCAUCAGGAUCGUGGAGCAAGGCCAUGAAGAUCUGGUCUUAAGUGCCACAUCACCCAAAGGUGUUUGGGAUAAGAUUUUGGAGCCUGUUGCAUGUGUGAGGAAAAAGUCUGAAAUGCUCCAGCUUUUCCCUGCAUAUUUAAAAGGAGAAGACCUGUUUGGCUUAACUGUCUCUGCAGUGGCACGGAUAGCUGAAUCACUUCCUGGGGUUGAGGCAUGUGAAAACUACACCUUCCGAUAUGGUCGGAAUCCUCUCAUGGAGCUGCCGCUUGCAGUCAACCCCACAGGUUGUGCCCGUUCCGAACCUAAAAUGAGUGCCCAUGUCAAGAGGUUUGUGUUAAGGCCGCACACCUUGAACAGCACCAGCACCUCAAAGUCAUUUCAGAGCACGGUGACAGGAGAGCUGAAUGCACCUUACAGUAAGCAGUUCGUCCACUCCAAGUCGUCGCAAUACCGGAGAAUGAAGACCGAAUGGAAAUCCAAUGUGUAUCUGGCCCGGUCUCGAAUCCAGGGCCUGGGUCUGUAUGCUGCUAGAGACAUUGAGAAGCACACCAUGGUCAUCGAAUACAUCGGGACCAUCAUUCGGAAUGAAGUCGCCAACAGGAAGGAGAAGCUGUAUGAGUCCCAGAACCGAGGUGUGUACAUGUUCCGCAUGGACAAUGACCACGUCAUCGAUGCAACCCUCACAGGAGGGCCUGCAAGGUACAUCAACCAUUCUUGUGCACCUAACUGUGUGGCGGAAGUGGUGACUUUUGAGAGAGGACACAAGAUUAUCAUCAGCUCCAACCGGAGAAUCCAGAAAGGAGAAGAGCUCUGCUAUGACUAUAAGUUCGACUUUGAAGAUGACCAGCACAAGAUUCCAUGCCACUGUGGAGCGGUGAACUGCCGGAAGUGGAUGAAUUGAUGCAUUCCUUGCUGUCUCAGCGGGCGGCUUGUCCCAAGGAAAAGGCGACUCAACACACCAUUGGAAAGCUAGUUUUGUUUUCUGUUGUCCGACUUUGGCAAAACGGCUUCUGGAGUGGGGGUUUCCUCAGCCUUCAGCUUGAGGAAGCCUGCAAAGCUGCUGGCCAACAGUCCUCAGUGCUGAGGGUAAGCAGAGUCACGGAUGUCCAGCACUUUUUUUCUUUAUUUUCUUCCUUUUCUUUCUUCUUUGUUUCCCUGUGGGUGGGUUUGUUUUGUUUUGUUUGUUAGUCUCACUAAGGAGAAAACUUUUACUGGGGCAAAGAGCCGAUGGCUGCCCUGCCCCGGGGAGGGGCCUUCCGAUGAAUGUAAGACUGAAAUCACCAGCGAAGGGGAUGUCCAGAGUGCUGGCCACGCCUACUAA